AUGGCGGUGAAUACGACGUCAAAAGACACCGAGAAUGCGAUUCUCACAAGAAACGUGUCGCUCAAAAAGAGACAUCCCACUCUGGAGACAUUCCUACUCAAACCAAAAAAUGAUGGCCACUCAGACAAGGGAGCCAGGAACCUCAAUCCAGUUCCAUAUACUGCGGCCUAUGUUGGUCACAAAUUGCACAUGGACCAAAAUGAGAAAUUGGUUAUGUUUGGUGUGACUCAUGUUCUGGCGAUUGAUGGCUUCUCCAGCAAAAUUGUUGGGCGUUCCACUAUGCCUGUGAAGAACAACCUCACUAUCUACAAUGAGGUUUACAGGUCAUUCAAAAUACCUGUGUCCAACAAAAAAAGUGCAAUAAUGGAGCAUGGCAUGUGGGACCAGGUCAGAGUGGACCAUGGAAAAGAGUUCUAUUUAACUCUUUUUAUGCAGGAGAAGUUGGCCAGCCAGCGACACAACACAGAGAGGCCACCAUACCGGCAAACUCCGUCAACAAAGAAUCAUACAAUCGAAAGAAUUUGGCCUGAAAUCAACAAUAGGGUAAACUACCCGUUGAAACUGGCAUUGAUCCAACUUGUGGAUCAGGAGGAGCUGGACAUGGAGGACAACAUGAGCAAAUACUGCGUGUCAUCCUUGACUUGCCAAUUGGCCCAGCUCGGAGUUGAGCGUGCUGUGCAAGCAUGGAAUGCCCACAGGAUUCCAGGGAAGGGUAUACCCAAUUACUUGGCAAGAGAGGGAUGCCCGAAGAGAGUCGAACCAGACCUUUUGCCUGUUGCAUCAGUGGCUGCCGACUGGUACGAUCAAGAGGUUGGAAGGCUGACACGGGAGUCCCACUUUGGCACCAACCCCUUCCAUAAUGCCCAGGACCAGGAAGCUGCAGAGAGGGAAUUUGGUCAGCAGCUCCCAGAUGUCAGUUUUCUCUUGGACAAUGCUGUAAAUAAUCAGCCAGAGCAUUUUAAGCAUGGACUCAAAUGCCUGGUUGAUGUCACAAGAAGACAUUCCCAGUGUUGACCAAUGG